AUGUCUGUAGAUUAUAGGGCUUGUGGUGUCCAAGUGCCUGAUGGUUUUUACAUGAAGUGUUCCAAAAAACAGUGCGAAAACGUCUAUGAUUUAAAGUGCCUAGGAGUGACACAAAAUGAAUUCAGUUCCUUCUCGGAUAAAGACACGAAGCAAUGGGUCUGUCCGGAGUGCGUUUGUUCUAAACCUAAACCUAAACGCUAUGAUCCGGAUACACCUAUUAGGCGCAUCCCGGAGCUAAAAACAUUCACACCCAGUGCCAAUGUCAACACUCAACGGGGAAGCCGCAAGAAAUUGAUGGAUGAAUAA